AUGCAGGAACCAACCUACGACUCCAGUCGUCCGAUGCCCUCGAUCGAGAUUGCCUACUCGUACAAGCUAGUCGGCAUCCCGAAUAAGACUAUCGUCAGCCUGCGCGUCGAAUUCCCACCCAACGGAUCGACUCCCCCGCAUCGUCACGGAGGCGCGAACGUCGGUGUUCAUGUCCUAAAAGGAACCGUCCUCAAUAAAAUGAAUGACCAGCCUAUGAAGACCAUCGAAGAGGGCGGAAGCUGGUUUGAAGCACCGGGCUGUCAUCAUCGCAUCAGUGAUAAUGCUAGCAAGACUGAGCCGGCAACGCUCAUUGCUACCCUGGUCACGGAUACUGAAGCAUUUGAGAGAGAUGGAAUGGGGGCCCUUAUCCAGAUUGACGAGGAGUACCGGAAAUGA